AUGAAACGUGGGGUCUUUGAUAGAACAAUGCGGCUGCUUGGCAAUCGGCAUCUUGGUGCCAGGGUCAUCUUUCGACGACGACCAAAAAAUAUUUUUUGGGCUAGUUGCGACAUUGAACGUAAAACUUUCACACAAGGUGCUGUUGGCCAAGCCGAGCACAUUGCUCUAUUCAAAACCCCACGUUUCAUUGUAAAGUUUGGAGAUACAGGCAUCUCUUUAUGCCGAAAGCGUGAUGCUAUGCGAGAAGUGGUCUUUGUUUAA